AUGAGUUUUCGCCGCAAGACUUCGACCACCUCUUCAUCUCUACGCAGUGGUACUAAGCCAUUUCUUAACGGGCAGACGCUAGUGUCUUCGGGGUUGAGUGAAUUAGACACAGCUUUAGGUGGUGGUUUAUUACUGCGGACUCUAAAUAUAGUGGAAACGUCUACACUAGUCGAAGUCGAAACUACUUUUGGACUCGACUUGAGCUGUAGAGCCUCGGACGCUCUAGCCAUUGAUUUGCUUCGCUACUUUCUAGCAGAGGGUGUUGCGGAUGCUAAACAACGUGUUGCACUAGUGGCUCCUGAUGCGUCUGGAUUUUUCAAAGAGCAAUUGCCAUUAGAGUUGAGUCUUGCUCAAAAACAAGUUAAGGAGCAGCUUGCGCAUAAGGAAAAGAAGGAUGCGCCAUUGACUAUCGCUUGGCAAUACGGAAAAUACAACGAAAAACAAUCUAAGUGCAACCCGCGAUUUUGCCAUAGCUUUGACCUGUCCAAGACGAUGCAUCACGAAAUGACGUCGGCCAAUGAACCCAUUGCGUUUGAUCUGUUGGGCGUAUUGGAGACGAAUGCUGUCAUUGGCGAUACAUAUGAUCAUUUGUACCUCAUGCUAGAAGGACUAAUUCAGCAAAAAGAGGAAAGAGACGGUCAAGUUUUGCGUAUUGGAAUGUUUGGAUUGGGGUCGCCUUUGUUGGGACCUGCUGAUGCCGCACACAUGACGGCGCUUUUCGGUUUUUUUAGACGGCUCCGAGCGCUUCUCUGCCAGUCUGAUGAUACUGUCUGUCUUACAGUGUUAGCUAGUGAUGUACAAAGCGUCUUCCCAGCUGCCUUCAUUAACGAACUUCGACAUGUAGCGGAUUCUGUGCUGACGUUAAAAUCCUUCGCUGGCUCACGCGAUCUACUCCCUGAUGAAUUGCAAGAGUUUCAAGGCUCACUCACACUGAAGAAGCUUCCACGUGUUUACGCUUUGGCGUGUCAGCCUACAAGCAAUGCGCGUCUCGGCGUCAAACGUGAUCGUCGGAAGCUGAAAUUUGAAAAAUUCCACCUUCCGCCUGAAGGGUCUCGCAGUAAUAGCAGUCACUCCAGUAGUUGCAGUAUCACCUCGAGUUCCACUGGUGGUCCUGACCUAUUAGCAUUUUAG